AUGUCCAUUUUGCUUGCAAACGAACAAUAAUCACUAAGAGAACAGAUUUUCAAAAUUAAAGAUAAAUUGUUAUCUUUAUCUCAAGAUUUAAGCAAAUAUCAUGCAGAUUUCUAGGAAUCAAAUAAAACAGCUCAUUUUAAAACUUAAGAAGAUGAAUAAUUUUCUCAUUAAAUAUCCCAUGAAGAUGAAGAAAAGUGUAUCAUAAUAUUAUAAUUAGAAUUUUCAUAAUUGAAUUUUAUUGAUAAAAAUUAUUAGGUAUCAAACUAAUGUCAUCAAUUCAAAAAACUCAAGCCCCUUUUUAAGGUUCCAAGUAGGUCCACUAAGGUUGAUCCAUUUAUUAAGAAUUCAAUUAAAAAACAAACCCAUUUUGAAUAAAUAAGAGUUUAUUCAUCAGGAAGACCACCUUAGAUUUUAAGAUACAGUUUAUAAAGAGAAGGAAGGCUUUACAUAAUGUCACCUUAGAGAAUUAAUUUUUCUUAAAGAAUUUCAUUUUCACCUGCAAAAAGAAUUUGA